ACAUUAAGCACUUAAUUUUAAUUAAUUUAUUUUUUUGUUAUUUUCGAAACUUAGUAGGAGAGGGCCAUCGGUGAUUUCCAACAGUUUAAUUUAAUAUCUAAUCUCUAGAGACAAAAUGCGCGUUUCUAUGUCUUCACUCUCCCAAAAAUGUUGGUAAUGCACGCGCCACCCCUCUGGAUAAAACCUCUUGUAUUGUACGGCAAUCUUUCUUCGUUAUCUCCACGCAUUGUGUCUCACCGAUUAACUCCGGCCAUCAAACUUCUCAACCCCCACUAUCGCCGGAACUCGUGCCGUACAAUUGCUAUGGCAGCACCCAUAGUCGAUUCAUCGGGCGAGUCAUUUCCGGAACACGCUACCGGGCAGUGGCACUCAGUACCAGAUCUCCGCCUCCGAGAUCACCGUUUCACUGUUCCUCUGGAUUACAGAGAUCCCGGUACUUCCUUAAAGAUCUCCAUUUUCGCUCGGGAAGUCGUUGCUGGAUUAUCAACUCCGCUGACAACAUCAUCUAUGCUGCAAUUUAAGUCUGCCCGAGAUUUGGCUGAUUACUUGAAACAUUUUCGUGCUGACAGUAUAGUCAGUGAUGCUGAGUUUAUCUGUGUUCGUCUUGUUCGUGGUUCUGGACCUUGGACGGUUUUGGGCCGGAGCUAUGGAGGUUUUUGUGCUGUCACCUAUUUGAGUUUUGCACCACAAGGAUUGAAACAAGUGCUUCUGACUGGAGGAAUACCUCCAAUUGGAGAUGGAUGCACUGCAGAUACUGUUUAUGGAGCUUGCUUUGAGCAGGUUGCUCGUCAGAAUGAAAAGUACUACAAGAGGUAUCCUCAGGAUAUUGAAGUUUUUCGUGAAGUUGUAAACUAUUUGGCAGAAUCAGAAGGGGGUGGGGUUCCUCUUCCAUCUGGGGGCAUCUUGACCCCAAGGGGGCUGCAACUUCUUGGUCUUUCCGGUUUAGGAUCUAGUGCGGGUUUUGAACGCCUUCAUUAUUUUUUUGGGCCAGAGCUAUGGAGGUUUUUGUGCCAUCACCAUUUGAGUUUUGCACCACAAGGAUUGAAACAAGUGCUUCUGACUGGAGGAAUACCUCCAAUUGGAGAUGGGUGCACUGCAGAUACUGUUUAUGGAGCUUGCUUUGAGCAGGUUGCUCGUCAGAAUGAAAAAUACUACAAGAGAAAUCCUCAGGAUAUUGAAGUUGUUUGUGAAGUUGUAAACUAUUUGGCAGAAUCUGAAGGGGGUUCCUCUUCCAUCUGGGGGCAUCUUGAACCCAAGGGGGCUGCAACUUCUUGGUCUUUCUGGUUUAGUCUAGUGCAGGUUUUGAACGCCUUCAUUAUCUUCCCAGGAGCACCUAAGAAGAUUAGUUUCUUCUUCUUGAAUGCUUUUGACAAUUGGUUGGGUUUUGAUUCAAACCCACUCUAUGCUCUUAUCCACGAGUCAAUAGACUGUCAGGGUGCUUCAUCUCGGUGGUCUGCUCAACGACUGAGGGCUAAAUAUGGGAACAAGUUUGAUGCAAUGAAGGCUGCAACCUGCAGUGAGAUAGCUGGAAUUAGGACAUGGAUAACCAAUGAAUACAUGCAUUCUGGGCUGCGUGAUGCUGGAGUACAGGUUUUCGAUCACUCGAUGGGUAUGCUAAAUGGAAAACGGCCAUUGUUCUGAUUUCCACUGGAAGAAACCCUUAUCUUGUCAUUUUUUAGGUCUAAUUUUUUUGUGCCAAUUUUCCUGAGCUUUUCUUUGAAAAAGCAAAAACAAUGUCCUGGCAACUCUCAUGAUGGAUUUAAAUUUUACAAUUAAUGUUUU